AUGGAGCCCGUGCUCUUCGCGUGGGGUGCGAACAGCUAUGGACAACUUGGUCUUGGUCAUAAAGAGGAUGUGCUGGUACCUCAGUCACUGAAAGAUGUUUCCUGCAAAUGUCAAGACAUUAAAAGCAUUACUGGAGGAGGGGGACAUUCUGCAGUUAUCACUGGUGCAGGAGAACUCUUUGUAUGUGGCAAUAACAAAGAUGGGCAGUUGGGAUUGAAUCACACAGAGGAUGUACUGCGUUUUACUUUGUGCACUGUUCUGUCUGGCUUUUGUGUAAAACAAGUUGCCUGUGGCUGGGAUUUUACAAUCAUAUUAGUAGGAUCUGGCCUAGUUCUGUCCUGUGGGUCUAACGCUUUUGGACAAUUAGGAGUUCCUCAAAUUUCAGGUCCGUGCUUGAUUCCACAAAAGAUUGAGUAGUCUCUCAAAGAGAAGGUGGUGGAUGUUGCUGCAGGACUGAGACAUGCCCUUGCUGCUACAGAGAGUGGUUUGGUGCUUCAGUGGGGAACUGGCAUGGCGUCUUGGGCAAAGCGUGCAAACCAAGGAAAAACUCUCCCCCUGUUCUUGACAGCAAAGGAACCCUGUGAAGUAACAGGCCUGGAAGAUGUAAAAGUGAAGACAGUUGCUGCAAGCUCCUAUCAUUCGGUGUCACUUACAGAUGAAGGACACUUGUAUGUCUGGGGUAGCAACAAACAUGGGCAGCUAGUGAGCAAAGAGAUCUUUCUUGCUGAGCCCAAGAAGAUUGAGACUCAGUUUUUCUCUCAUGAAAAGAUUGGAGCAGUUUGGAGUGGCUGGACCCACUUGGUGGCACAAACAGAAACUGGCAAGGUAUUCACCUGGGGCAGAGCGGACUACGGGCAACUUGGAAGGCACACAGUGGUUCCUGAUGGGCAGGAGGUGUGCACAGCAUCUGAACAACGCUUGGAGCUGUUGUAUAACGUCCCUGUGUCAGUGCCUUGCCUAAAUGGAGCAUCUCAGAUCGCAUGUGGCUCAGAGCAUAAUCUGGCAGUAGUUGGUGGCCGGUGCUUCUCUUGGGGAUGGAACGAACAUGGGAUGUGUGGUAAUGGCACAGAAGCAAAUGUUCAUGUCCCGAAGCCAGUCAAAGCUCUUGGUUACGCAAAACAGAUCUUAAUUGGAUGUGGGGCAGGACACUCCAUGGCUCUCUCAAACUCCACAUUAGACUCAGCACACCUGAAAUCAUAGCAUCAUGGAUGUGGAUGGACAUCUUUGGAUUGCAUAGCUCAGAAGUGCUACAAGAGGAUUGCCCAUGAUUAACACAAUAGUUAGAAAGUGCACAAGAAGUUUUUUCUAAGACUAAAAGGAACGAGUAUGCAUAGAAAACUAUAAUAUUUUAAAAAUUGUUUCAUGGGUACUUUUCACAGGAAUUGACUUUCUUACCCACAGAUAGAAUGACAAACAUUUUGCCUUGACGCAAUACCAUUGAAGAAAGAAUGACUUUUUCUUGUUCUUCUGAGAAGUCUUUGAGGAAGAAACCGACUGCUUAAUCGCUUAUCAUUGGUGUAUAAAUUCAGUCUGAGGAAAUGGUCUGAGAAGGUGGAGACAUAGGGCCCCUUCUGGUCUUUUAUUAUUGUGUCUUUACGUCAUGAGGAGCAUGCGUUAUGCCUGCCAACUUCUACUGCAGUUGUGAGCUCCCAGCAUCUCAGAAAAUCCAGUUUGCAUCACAGAGAAAUGCCAGUGAACAUAAACAGAUGCAUACACACAUUUUAAACGGAAGAUUAGGAUUUUUAAAAAAAAGGAGAUAUAGUUUAGAAGGCUGGCAAAAGGGGAAAAUGAGGCCCUUCUGAACUAGCUAUAUCUUGAUUAAACUGUGAAAGGAGCAAUAUUUCUGAGGAAUUCUCUUCUAUGCCAGACAUCAGUUUAUUAUAGAUUUACAGGGAUGCAGAUCCACAUGAAUUAUCAUUAUCUUGGAAACAACAGAAAAGUUCUUGUCAAAGGGCAGAAGUCAGUUGUAGCUGUUGAGGACAGUUUGAUCCAACAUAGCUCCUGUGUUUCCAGCUGCCUUUGAAUAGGAAGACAUCAAAAUCUAAACAGAAAGUUUUUACAAGUUCUCCAGCCUAGAAGGCAGACCAGAAUGCUCCUGAUAAUUUCAGGUUAGUUCUCACAUCUGUUUCACAGCCCAGCUGAGUUACUGUUCAGAGCAUGCCCACAGUAUUUGUUCCAGGUGAGUGCUUGGCAGAGAAUGUAGGCCUAACACUUGUUUCGGUAGGAGAAAUGAAAAAGUGUAAAUUAUCUUCAGAUAUUAUUAGCUGCCUAUGUUGAGCAGAAUUUUGGAAGCUAUUUAUAAAACUGUUUUUCACACAAAUACAGUGGAUGCCAUUAAACUGGAUGUUUACCACCCACCAUAUUUCCAUUUGCUGUGGUGUUUGAUGUAUUUCAAGUUCUAAAUAUAGAGAAUACUACUGUGUGGUAAAUGCACCUUUUAAUGAGACCUACUGUUGCUAAACAGUGGUUUAAUUUUUAAAGCAGGCUUGCCAGGGAAGAAGCCUUACAGAAUUACAAAAUACUCAGAGAAGGGCUCUUAGGAAAUAGGACAGGAAGACUUUCUAACGAUGUAUCAGCUUGCACAUGAGGGGGAAGGAAUUAAGGUGGUAAUAUGGGCUGAGAGGAUUUUUACCCCCCCUUGGUUUUACAGCAGUUGUAGUUCAUGGCCUAAUUUUCAAAGGCAUUUUCUUUUUCUGUUCAAUGGAUGGGAAACUUGAACUGACUAUGAAGCUGAUUAUAACAACUGUAUUACAGAUACUGAAAGAAUCUGUAAGAAUAAUCAAACUCUGAAAAAAGUGCAAAAUUGAAACUUGUAUUAUAGAAUGUUUUUUUUUAAUCCAUGUGUUGGUUGUGGUUCUUUGUGGCAAUAUACUGUUCCAGGCUGUGACCUCUUGCACUUUUUACUUAUCUAAGUUGCUGUUUAUUGACUCUCCUCAAUGCCAUUUUCUAGAUACUACAGCCUCUCUAUUAUAUGCACUGAACAGUUUCUCAUGGGUUUUUUUGGCAGUUCUGUCUGAGGUUUCUACCUUUGUUUUCCUCCAAAAUCUGUGUACUGAAUAAACGUGUUAUCUUGUUUCAGUAAUCAUACCCUCUAAAUAAUUCUUUUCCUUGAUUAAUCACAGCUAGUAUGUGUGUCCUGUAACAUAGGGGUUACUGUACUGAGCAUAUUUUGACUGCGUAUGCUGUUGCUGCAGUUCAUUUCAGAGGAAUCCAACAAAUUAUGUAACAAAUAAAUGUGACUUGGUUAU